AUGCCUGAUCUUCGUCGCCAGAUCUUCGAGAGCGGCAAGACCGUCUCACGGAAAGCUGCCUCCCGUGAGGCUUCCCGCACCAACUCCCGCGGUAGCUCGAAGCAGACCUCCCACCAAUCCUCGCGCACGGCGAGUCGACAGGCAUCUGAUGAUGAGGACUCGGGCUUCCUGUCUGACGAUACUGCCCUCAGUAUCGGCUCUCUCGACGAUGAAAACCCGGAGACCGAGAAUGCCGACUGGCCCCAGGAGCUGAGUGACCGCAUUUCGGAGAUCCUUGACCGCAAGCGCAGCAGCGUUCAGGGUCGUGAGGAGGCGCUCUCUGCUUUCUGCCGCCUCACCAAGUAUCAUUACGCGGAAGAAGAGAUUCGCCCUUAUGUCUCCGACCUGCUGAGCGCAUUCGCGAAGAGCAUUCGCAGCGAGUCGAGCGUCCGUGAAUCCACCCUGGCCCUGCGCGCCAUCGAAUUGCUUGUCAUUACCUCGUGUGACGACAAGAUCUACGACAAUGCGGAGCAACUUCUCACUCGCUGCGUCCGCGAUUCGUCCUCUACCGCCAUCAAGGCGGCGGCCAUCUACUGUCUCGGCGCCUGUACGAACUUUGGCGGUGCUGGUGAGGAAGGUAUUCUUGAUCAGAUGACUUUUCUUUUGGACAUCAUCGCCUCAGAUGGGCAGUCCAUUGAUGCUGCCGACGAUGCGACCAGCGUCACUGCCGCCUUGCAUGUGUGGGGCUUCCUGCUUUCCGAGGUUGAUGAUUUUGAAGAGGACAGCGAAGAGGCCGUCCAGAUCUUCAUUGAUCAACUCGACAGUGUCGACUCCGGCGUUCAGAUUGCCGCGGGUGAGAAUAUCGCUCUCCUCUAUGAAAAGAGCUACACUCCGCAAGAGGAUGACGACGACGAGGACAGCGAGGAGGACGAAGGCGAGAGCGACGAGCAUGAAAGCAAGGAUCUUGCUAGUGGUCCAAAACUCAUCAAGCGUUACAAUGCCUACCACAACACCCCUGAAUUGGAGCGCCAGCUUUCCAACCUGGCUAAUAUUCACUCCAAGCGCAUCAGCAAGCGGGACAAGAAAUCUCUUCACGGCAACUUUGCUUCGAUCUUGACUACUGUCGAGAAUCCCCGCCGCGGGCCCAGAUACAACAUGGCCAUCGAUCAGGCUACGAACCGACACUACGGGAGCACCCUCACGGUGAAGAUUGGACGACACGGCGUCAUGAAGAUUGACCGAUGGUGGAAGUGGGUGCGACUGACGUCCCUGCGCCGUAUUUUGCAGGGCGGUUUCGCCGAGCACUACUUCCAGGGCAAUCGAGCUGUCCUGGAUAGUCUGCCGGUGAUGAUGCGCAUGGCUGAGGCCAGUGGAUCAGGCGAUCGCCAGUCGGCGAAGAAGGCGGCAAAGAUGCGCAGUUCGAAGCGAUGGACUGGUUUCUCCGAGGAUGAGGAUGAGAUGGAAUCAUAG